CUGAGUGCUUUUCAGAUGAUCAGCGUGAGAAGGCCACGAGCGGGUAAGAGGAGCCGCGGCGACUGCGGGUCUCCCUCUCCCAAUCCCCGCGUGCAGCCGGACUCAUCUUCCACCUCGGACCACCCAGGCCCAGCGCCUGAACCCGCAAACUUCUCUGGUCCUCCAGGUUUGGGCUGUGGGGCUUCACGGCUGCCGAGGCUGCGCGCGAGAAGAUUUGGCCCUAAGUUUUGUAUUCCAGAAAUCUCUAGAAAUUAUCUAGACAAGACAGAUGCUGUAGAGGCACCAAAAUGUACACAGAAUGGCAAAUUGCUAGUGUGUGAUCCAAAGGAAAAAGUGAUGAUUGAACCGAAUGAAACAAUGUCAGAGAAGGAAGUCUCAAAGAAUGUUGAAAAUAAGGUUUCUUUAAAGAAUACUGAAAAUAGAGUGUCUUCAAAGAGUAUUGAAAAUAAAGACACAGAAACAAAUCUACAGUCUAAACUAUGGUCAUCUUCCUUCUUAAAAGAAAGCACAGGUGAAGUGGGCAAAGAUGAAGUCAUUGCAAAGCAUGAGAAAAAUAAUGAAUAUUGCUUUCAGGAUAUAGAUAAGUUGUCUGAAUCAACAGAUGAUGAUGAUAGUGAAGAUGACACCGAUGAUGAAGAUAAUGAAGACAGUAGCCCAAAUAUUGAUACUCAUGCCCCAUUAGAAUUAAUGGCAGAAUUCCUAAGAGCAGAAAUGAACAAAGACUACCAUUUGGCUAAAAAAUUAUGUCAGAUGAUCCUAAUUUAUGAACCAGAAAAUCCUGAGGCCAAGGAGUUUUUCUCACUUAUUGAAGAAAUGUUGCAGAUGGAGAGAGCUCAGAAUCUUGGGGAAGAUGAUAAAGAUAGUGAAGAAGACAGUAGCAGUGAGAGUGAAGGGGAAAGCAGCGAGGAGCUCAGCGAAGAAAGCUCCGAUGAGUGCGAAGAUGGGUGAUGAAACAUGCUGCUGUGGUUUAAUCGUCACACAUUUCUUUUAC